AUGAACGUGCUUGUAUAUUCUGGCCGAGGUACAACUUCGGAAUCCGUCAAGCAUACGCUUGAGUCUCUUCGACUCCAUUUGUCUCCAAACUAUGCUGUCGUCUCAGUGUCUGAAUCGGCGCUUCUCAACGACCCGUGGAUGUACAAAACCUCCAUGUUGGUUGUUCCAGGUGGUGCCGACUUACCCUACUGUGAUGUCUUGAACGGAAAGGGAAACGAACGGAUCCUGCUGUUUGUCAAGAAAGGUGGUAAGUUCAUUGGAUUCUGUGCUGGAGGCUAUUAUGGAUCGGGAAGGUGUGAGUUUGAGGUAGGAGACUUGACUAUGGAGGUUUCUGGUCCUCGAGAGUUGAAAUUCUUUCCGGGAACAUGCAAGGGUUGUGUUCACAAGGGUUUUGUCUACGAUUCUCAUGAUGGAUGUAGGGCAGCUACUAUGGCCGUGAAUGUUGACGCUUUCAAGAGCAUUCCUGGUGUUCAAGUUCCCGAUUCGGCUACCGUUUUCUAUAAUGGAGGCGGUAUGUUCAUUGGAGCGUCGAAAUUCCCCAAUGUUGAUAUUCUUGCUCGGUAUACGGGAGAAACCGAUGUUACAGACGAGGAUAUGGCUGCCGUGGUGCACUGCAAGGUCGGAAAGGGUGAUGUCUUGCUUUGUGGAACACACCCGGAGUUUACGCCUACCUUGAUGAAGCCAACUGAGUCAGAUUUCCAUUAUAAAGAUGUAGCUGCGCACCUUGAAGCUUGUGAGUCGGACAGAAAUUCGUUCUUGCGGGCAUGUUUGGCCAAAAUUGGUCUCAAAGUCAAUGAGGAUACCAGUGCUAGUAUUCCAAGGUUGACUCCCAUUUACAUGUCGUCCAACUUGGAUCCUACGAAGACAUGCAAGGUGUUGGAGGACUUGAGAGCCAAUAUGGACUUUGUGGAAAAAGAUCUGUUUGAGGAUAUCAACGAUACGUUCGUUUUGCAUGACGAGGGGGAAAAUGACACCGACUAUUUCUUGCUGGAUGACGUCGGGCAUCAGUCAUUGGAGGAAAUCAUUGCUGGGCCCAAACAUAUUAAGGUGUUCACAUCCCGGCAGUUGCCAGGACCCAAAGAUACGCCUUAUUUUAACAUGGCCACGUAUUUCGAGCGGUUGGAAAGGCUCCAUAGGGCAAACAAUAUCGAGGCCAAGGAAGCAGAAUUCGGCUCGAUCCUCUGCUACUCGGAAGUGGUCACAUCUACCAAUACGCUUCUUGACUCCAAUCCUGGAUGGUUGCGCCACUUACCUACGGGUAUCACAAUGACAGCAACUACUCAAAUUGCUGGCCGUGGACGUGGAGGAAAUGUGUGGAUCAACCCCAAGGGAGUGAUGGCCACGUCAAUAUUGUUCAAGAUUCCAACCGGUGCACAACAAAGUCUGUCCAUUGUCACAUUACAAUAUUUAUGCUCAUUGGCGAUGAUCGAGGCGGUUUUGGGUUAUGGCAGUGAGGUCCAGGGCCAGGGAUCCGGAUACGAAGAUAUGCCGUUGCGUCUCAAGUGGCCCAACGACAUGUAUGCAUUGAAACCGGAAUUUUUCAACGAUUUAAGUGACAAGAAUGAGACAAGUUCCACUGUGGAAGGAGAUGAUGAGAAAUGGGCCAAGAUAUCCGGUGCACUUAUCAACUCCCAGUUCUUGAACGGCCAGUUCUACUUAGUAUGGGGAGGAGGUAUCAACGUGUCGAAUCUGGCUCCCACUACAUCGCUCAAUUUAAUCCUCGAAAGGCUCAACACGAUAAGAGCCAAGAAAGGCUUGCCAGCUUUACCACCCUAUCAACACGAGGCACUUUUGGCCAAAUUGGUAUUUACUAUGGGACAAUUUUAUUCUGUGUUCAAGAAUUCGGGCUUGAAGCCCUUCUUGCCACUCUACUACAAGAGAUGGUUUCAUCUGUCUCAAAGAGUGAAACUUGAUGCUUCGGGAGACGGAAGAACAAGAGAUUGUGUUAUCAAGGGUAUUACUGGUGAUUAUGGACUUCUUGUUGCUGAAGACGUUGCCAACCAUGAGAUUUUGGAGUUGCAACCUGAUGGAAAUUCUUUUGACAUUUUUAAGGGUUUGGUUUACAAGAAGCAAACGUAA